CAUCGAAGAUGUUCUCGAAACAUUACCUCACGCUUGUGUCGGUGUUGUGGUUGACAUUGUGCGUAUUGGCGGCGGACGAAAAACCGGACGCGAAACCGAAAAGUGAAUACAAAAAAUCCCUGUCUAGGGACUGUGGCACGACGUACACCACAACCUGCUUGAAACUGGACAUAGUGUCGUGGGUAGACAAAUUGAACGAAGAGGAGAAUUACAGUGUCCUGCCGGGCGUUUCCGUCAUCAAGGAGGAUAAUGGAGACAAGAGUAACACGGCCGAUAUGGUCGCGGAAUUAGCCAGAGAUUUCCCGAACGAUCCAGACGCUCGAUUGGACGCUUUCCUCAUGAAGAAAGUCUCGUCGUACCUCAACAGUCACUCGCUACGCCUAGAUUUAAUCAACAGGGACGGCGUGGAGACGGCUAGAGGCGGCGGCGGAGGAUCCGGAGGCGGAGGCGGUGGCAAAGGAGGAGGCGGUGGCGGAUCCGGAGGCGGCGGUGGUAUGGGCAUGAUGAUGGCGGCGGGUGCGAUGAUGAAAGCCCUUAUGACCGGUCUCAUUUCCUUGCUGCUCUCUGCGAUAAUCGGGCUGAAGGCGUUGACGCACGGACACAAAUCCACUACUUACGAAAUAGUUUCCAAACCGGUUUAUAGUCAUUCGAAUUCGCAUUCCGUGGGACACGAAGAGCACCACCCUAGUUACGGGCAUUCGUCGUACGGGAGAAGUUUCGACAUGCCGCUACCGUUGGGAUUGCAACCAGAAUACAAACCCGCCUGA